UUAAUCAAAAGGACAUUACAGAUAAUCACCAAAACAUAAUGGAGAAAUCAGGCGCCCCAUCAUCAACAUCAACAACUGACCGUACUAUUACAAGUGCGUCUGGAAAUGAAAGCGGUACGCACACCUCCGGCGAGCUCCUCCAGUACUACGAAUUCGAAGUCGUCCUCAAGUCACCCGAUAAACUCCAAAAGGGUGGUAAUGACGACGACCAAGAUAAGGAGGAGAAGAAUAGGAAGAAGUUGGUGUGUUUGGAUGAAGAGGGGGAAGGGAUCGUUGAGCUCCCUCCCAAUCAUUAUUCGAAUUAUAAGUAUAACGAGAAGCCACAAGUAGUUGCUUCUACUUCGAAGGCGAAGAAGCGUACUCGCAUCCUUAGUGUCGAGUAUAAGAGGUUGAAGGUAGAGAGGUGGAAGAGAAACAAUGUGGUUCUUCAUGAAGCACUGAUGAGGUCCAUCGGAAAGAAGAAUGGUACCGGCAGUAACUUUGCUGAAGGGGACCAAGUGGAUUUGAAGCUGAAGUUAGGGCAUUGAUUAUGUUUUAUUUGCUCUUUGAUUAUUUUGUUUGUUUGGGCUGUAUCAAAGAUCCUUGUUCAUUGUUGGAAUUAUGGCUAAAAGAUAGUUGCUCUUUGUUUUAGAUUGUUCAUUCUUUUUGAAGACCAGAACGACCCAACUUCGGACCAAUCAAUCCUUCCUCGGAGAAAUUAUAUGAUUAUAUUGAUAGAGGAUACUGGUUAAAUUUCAGUUGUUCAUCAUUACAGGGAUAACGGUACACGCAAAAUCAUACAUCAUAUGAAAAAUGAAGCUAAUACACCGUAGAACACUAC